AUGGCGCUCCUAUGGUCGGCAAUGCAGUCGCUGACGUGGCUAUUGCUGCAGCUAUUGGAACUGGCGGCGUACCUCACACCCACCGCUGCGUUUCUCGUGACCCUGACUGCCAUUAUGAUAGUGCUAACCAUGACGACACAGGCAUUGGAGCACGGCGUUCUGACGUCGGUACGCCGCUCCAAAUGGCACUCGACUCUGAGUUUCGACGACCUGCGACGAGACUUCUAUUGCGGAUUCUGGCUCGUCACGCUGUUCUACGUGCUUGCGUCAGUCACAUGGAUCUACUUUACUGAUAGGGGGAGCAACCGUUACGUCUACGGAUCGAUUUUCUGUAUACUGUGGUGGGGAGUGCAGCUGGCGGUGGUCGUGGCGCUCACCCCCAUGGACGCAGCAAUCGCGAGGAUGAAGACGGCGUUGAAACGGACGCGUGUGGUUGCGUGGAGGUGA